AUGUCCGGUUUUACUUUCGGCACACAGGGAGCUGCUUCCGCAACAUCUACCGCAGGUAAUUUGUUCGGGACGGUGCCCAAACCAUUGUUUGGCACUUCGACAGCUACUGUACAAACUGCAGGUGUCGGCCUUUUUGGAGCGCCUACAUCUCUAGCUGCAGCCUCCACAACAUCAGCAGGUGAACUUUGA